CAAAAACGAAGAAGCGAGAGCACAAGGUUGCUGCUUGCUUACGCGGAGUCCCAGACACUGUUUGACUGGAACCAUCCUGACCCCGAGAACGCGGGAAAACCCACUUGCUGACACCUGAAGCUCGGGAGUUCCAAUGCCGGAACUGCCGGAGGUAGAGGCGGCUAGAAGAGCAGUGGAGGAUAACUGUAUCGGCAAGAAGAUAAAGAAGGUGAUUAUUGCCGACGAUUCCAAAGUCAUCGAUGGAGUCUCUCGCUCGGAGUUCGAGGCUUCCCUCUCGGGAAAAACUAUCGUCGCAGCUCGUCGUAAGGGCAAGAACAUGUGGCUCGAGCUUGAUUCCCCACCAUUUCCUUCGUUCCAAUUCGGAAUGGCUGGUGCUAUAUACAUUAAGGGUGUUGCAGUUACUAAGUAUAAAAGAUCUGCUGUAAAUGAUGCGGAUGAGUGGCCUUCCAAAUAUUCAAAGUUUUUCAUUGAGCUGGAUGAUGGCUUGGAGUUGUCCUUCACUGACAAAAGGCGGUUUGCUAGAGUUCGCCUUCUCAAUGAUCCAACAUCAGUGCCCCCCAUAUCGGAGCUCGGUCCUGAUGCACUUUUGGAACCUAUGACACUUGAAGGAUUGACUGAGUCUUUGCGAAAGAAAAAAACUGAAAUCAAGGCUUUAUUACUUGAUCAAAGUUUUAUUUCGGGUAUUGGAAAUUGGGUUGCAGAUGAAGUUCUGUACCAAGCAAGAAUUCAUCCAAGGCAGACGGCUUCUAGCCUGUCCAAAGAAAACUGCUCAACUCUGUGCAAGUGCAUUAAAGAGGUCAUUGAGAAAGCAGUUGAAGUUGGAGCUGAUAGUAGCCAGUAUCCUGCUGGUUGGAUAUUUCAUUCACGUGAAAAGAAGCCGGGCGAGGCUUUUGUUGAUGGGAAAAAAAUUGAGUUUACCACAGCAGGAGGCAGGACGACUGCUUAUGUCCCAGAGUUGCAAAAGCUAAGUGGGUCACAGAAUGUAAAAGAAGCUGGCAAACCUAAAAGGAGAACUUUGAAGAAAAAAGAAGAUGACGAGGAUGGCGGUGACACUGAGGAACCAGCAAAAGAAGAGAAGAAUCUGGGAAGUCUGAAAUCAAAAAAAGGAACAAAGGCUGGAGGCAAAGGCAGGAAGCAAUCCAAGAAGAAUAAAUUGGAGGAAAGUGAUGACGACGAGGACAGCAAUGAUGAUAAUGAUGAGAUUGGUGCUGCUGCUGCUGAUGAUGAUAAUGAUCAAACUGAAGAGAAGAAACCAAACCAGGUGACAAAAAGUAAACAGGCCAAGGGCGAGAAGAAAUCAAACAAAAGAGCUCAUGCUAGUCAAAAUAGUAAGAAUGCAAAAAGGAAGGUUAAGUAGUAGCAUGCUUUUGGCAUGUUUAGUUGUUUUUCCAUCUGCCACAAAGAUACUGUGGAACAAUGGAAGGAGAUGAUGGCUUAUGCUGUUUCUGUAUCUUACUGUCUCAUUCUGUCUUUAUAUGAUCAGUAGACUGACAGUGCUUCUGUUUAUCAUGUUUAUGCUGCUGUUUUGGCCUAAUGUUAUUUCAUGAAUGGAAGGUGGUGAUGCCUUCAGUUUUUGUAACUUAUAUUGAUGUAAAUGUUAGUUCUUUGUUAAUCCUGUGUGUUUGCUUGAAAA